GGUAUACCUAAAACAUCAGUACAUGUUGUGCUUUGUGACAAUGCCAAAAACAUGAUUAAAGCCAUGAAUGACGCAGGGCUCCCAAGUCUGCCAUGUGUCGCGCACACGCUCCAACUGGCUGUUCACGAGGGCUUAUUAGCACAGAGGAGCAUAGCUGAUGCUUUAGCAGUGCGGCGGAAAAUAGUUGGGCAUUUUAAACAUUCCGCCUUAGCCUACUCCCGCCUCGAGGACGUUCAGGGACAGCUCAACCAGCCAAUAAAGAGACCGCAGCAGCACGUAUUACAUGCGCCAGUCCCUCAUAGAGCAAAAGCGAGUGCUGGGCGUGUAUGUGUCCGAGCACGAACUCCCUGACUAUCUCGCCGCUCACCAAUGGGCUCUUAUGGAGACGCCUGUUGCCAUCCUCGCCCCCUUUGAGGAACCAACUAAAAAAGUGAGCAGCUACGACGCACUAGCCUCUGAUGUCGUCCCAGCUGUGACUGUGCUAGUGAGACUUCUAAACAGAGAAACAGACGAGGACCACGGCGUCAAGACAAUGAAAGCAACCUUACUGGCAGCUGUCAAGAAGCGCUUCAGUGACGUCGAGACCAACCCACUGUACUUCAUCUCCACCAUACUUGACCCAAGGUAUAAAGAUCGCUUCUUCUCCAACAACACUGCUCCAGAGGCCAAGCUGCAGAUGAUGUCCAGAGCUGAGGCAGAGGGGAGUCGGGCAGAAACUGCAGAACCUCCUGCUAAAGUGUUCCUCAAGGCCCAGGCCAGCACUAGCAGCAGUCUGGACACUGUAUUUGACUAAAUCGCUAAGGAGCAGCCCCAGGCAGCACAGCCGCUGGCAGCAGGUGCUGCCAUUGAGCUCGACACGUACCUCGGAGAGGCCCCGAGCCCUCGUGAAGACAGUCCUCUGAAGUACUGGGGUGUCAACAAAAUCAGGUUCCCCACUUUGGCUAAAAUGGCCCAUAAAUACCUCUCAGCCCCAUGUAGCAGUGUGGAAAGUGAAAGGCUUUUUAGCUCAGUGUCACACGUUAUAGAUGAAAACAGAAACAGGCUGGCUGCUGAUCAUGCAGAAAAGCUACUUUUCUUAAAAAAAACUGCCAUUCACUUUUUCUAAAUAGGCUCCAUUAAGCGAGUCGUCUUAGACUUGAUGUUAAUACCUACCUCAGCUGCACUGACUGCCACAGUUCUAUGUUGGUGGAUGUUGUUAGUGUAUUCAAAUAUUGUGCACUAAAUAGCAAAGACGUUUAUUAAUGCCCCUUUUGUUGUCCAAAGCAGCAGAGUUUACAACAAACUGAAAAAAAUCCUUGAGUUGCGCUGUCACUGUUUAAAUUUUUUUAGAAUUAUUUAUUCUGUAAUAUGUUGCAUACAACAUGCUUCUCGUUUUAAAUAAAUGUUCUUAAUUCCA